UGGCUCGAACAUUCUCCCCAAGCGGUUACCCCUUCCAAAUAGGCAAAAUACCAACUUUCAUUCAAGCACUUGUAGUUCUUUCUUUCUGUUAGACACAGCAAAACACAAAACAUUGUUCGUUUUCAUAUUCAUAGAAAGCUAAUUAAGCAAAGUAACACCGAGAGAGGGGUUCGUUAAAACACUGUUAUUUGUUAACAGUACUGUUCGUGGCCAUGGAAGCAGCUGAGCCUGCCACCGCUCCUCAGUUGGCCCUCGCCGACACAGACAUCAACUGGGACAGGUUGGAUAAAACAAAGUUCCACAUGAUUGGCGCCAUUCUCUUCACCGUUCAAUCAGCGCUGCUCCAUCCAACGGCGGUGGUGAAGACGCGCAUGCAAGUGGCGGCGGGGUCGCGAGGAAUGUCGGUGUUCAGUCACAUUCUCCGGAGCGACGGCAUUCCGGGUAUCUUCAGAGGCUUCGGCACUUCCGCCGUCGGUUCGGUGCCCGGUAGGAUCCUCGCUCUCACCUCUCUCGAGGUCUCCAAAGACAUCAUCUUGAAACACACGCAAGGCACUCACAUUCCAGAAGCUUCACGCGUCGGCCUCGCCAACGGGGUCGCCGGCAUGGUCUCCAACUUGGUUUCUUGUGUCUAUUUUGUGCCCUUGGACGUGAUUUGUCAGAGGUUGAUGGUGCAGGGUCUGCCAGGGACAACGUUUUGUAGAGGGCCGCUUGAUGUUGUUCGUAAAGUUGUGGAGGCUGAGGGGUUUCGAGGCUUGUAUAGGGGUUUUGGAUUAACAGCUCUAACCCAGUCACCUGCUUCUGCACUUUGGUGGGGUUCAUAUGCUGCCGCACAACACCUCAUUUGGAGGAGUUUGGGCUACAAAGAUGAUACAGGGAACAAACCUUCACAUAUGGAAAUGGUGACAGUUCAGGCUACUGCUGGGAUGGUGGCUGGUGCUUGUUCCUCUGUUAUCACUACUCCCAUAGAUACUGUAAAAACACGUCUUCAGGUUAUGGACAACUAUGGUUCUGGAAGACCAUCAGUACUGAAGACAGCAAAGACUCUCCUUAAGGAAGAUGGUUGGUGGGGAUUUUACAGGGGGUUUGGACCAAGAUUCUUAAACAUGUCACUUUAUGGAACAACCAUGAUUGUUACUUAUGAACUGAUAAAGAGAUUAUCAGUUCAAUCAAGUCUGAAGUCUUUUACUUAAGAGAUGCAACUGCACUGCAAGAGCAGAGACAGAGAUUCAACACAUUUCGUUUUAGCAUGUCUAGCUUGUGUUCAGGAACAACCUAUUGAUGGAUACGUUCAACCUCAAGCAAAGGCCUGAUCAGUCUACCCUUUUCUCAAAGAUGUGGCUCCUUUUCUAUAUUUUUAUUAACAACAUAACUUUUGCUUCUUUAGAGCUGCUACACCGGAAUUCUUGUUUCUUUUGUGAUUUGUUUUGAGUAUUUGGGUGGGGUGGAAUAUAACUAUUUAAGUCAUAAGUGCUUCUGAGAGCUUCUCUACAGAAAAUAUAGAACUUUUUUUGGUAGAGAAGUUUUGAAAAGCUCUUAAAAGCAUUCUACCUUUGUAUCCAAACAGCGCUGGCAUUACUUGUAGUACACAGCCCAAAAAAUCCGGGCAAUUUUGCAGAUAAUGUAGGAUUCCUGAUGGAACAGAUUUAAUGUCUUCCCUUGUCAUUAUAAUCCUGUCAAGUUCUUUUUGACAUUAUAA